CCUUCAUCCAACUCAGUUGCUACAAUGGUCCUGACAGAAAUGUACCCUGAAGACCUCCUCUGGGCAGCGCGAAGGAUCUUCUUGGAGAACUCAGGGUACCGUCUCCGACCCAAGUUUCACCCUGACUAUGAACCAGCUCCCAAUGCCUCGUGGUAUGAAGAAAGAGCAACUCACAUACGCCCCACCAUAAUGGACGCUACUCGUAUCUCUGACGGGCGUCUAGUCAUGCUCAAAGCUGUUUCAACGCGUGUUCACCCACAUGAAGUGGAGAUAGCCUGUCUUUUUUCGUCCCCGCCACUUUCUGAAGACCUAAGGAAUCAUUGCAUUCCAAUACUGGAGGUCCUUCAGGACCCCGAUGACGCCGACUUAAAAAUCAUCGUCAUGCCUCGUUUAAUCCGUAUGGCGCAACCUCUGUACGAAUCUGUGGGUGAGGUCGUCGACGCCUUUCGACAGAUAUUUGAGGGAAUUGAAUUCAUGCACGAGAACUUUGUUGCUCACCGAGACUGCAGCAUGGGCAACAUCGUCCAAGACCCUACUCUGCUCUAUCCGGCUGGCUUUCAUCCUAUCUACACCACGCAAGACCCCACAAAUAGCCACCGAGCUCCUGUUCCCUCGUUGCAGAGCUACCUGAAAUACACCCUCGGAUUGCGCUCUGCAACGAGGGUUGGUUUAGGAGCCUGGCCGCGUUACUUUCUUAUCGACUUCGGUUUGUCAAGGCGGUAUGAUCCCUCUGAUGGGCCACCAGCGGAGCUUACCAUUCGUGGCCUUGACCAGUCACCUCCUGAGCACAACAAACCUCCUUGGGUCUGCAACCCAUUCCCCACCGACAUCUACUUCCUUGGCAACACGUUGAAACACAAGUUUCUUUUGUCCAAAUGGGCGGGCAAACAAUGGGUACCGUUGGUCAGUCUCAUCCUACCCGUAUGUGCCGACCUGUGGCUUAUCAUCGCUCUGCAGCCCUCACUCCGCUUCCUUGAGCCUCUAAUAAACGACAUGAUCCAAGAAGACCCAGCGUUGCGUCCAACAAUUGGUCAUUGA